GAUCAAACGGAGCAUAUCGAAUUAGCAGGACUAGCUGGUGGCGCAGUAAGCAUGAGUAAGCACGGAGUCUGUUCCUUAUCACGUGCAUAAGGGGAAGAAGGUUUAAACAGGUCUCUUGAGUGGUUUCCUCACUAAUGGAGAAUUACUUCCAAGCAGAAGCUUACAACCUGGACAAGGUGUUAGAUGAAUUUGAACAAAACGAAGAUGAAACAAUUUCCUCUACUUUAUUGGAUGCAAAGUGGAAUAAAAUUCUAGAUCCCUCUUCUCACCGAUUGUCAUUUAAUCCUGCACUGGCUAGUGUGAAUGAACCUGGAGUUUGUAAUGAAUCACAGCCACAGCUAAAAGUCUUCUCCGUGGCUCAUUCGGCUCCAACCAAAGAGGGUGAAGAUCAUUGUGCUAAUGGACAGAACUGUAGUCUAAAUCCAGAGAUUGCCACAAUGUGGAUUGAUGGAAAUGCUGUUGCAGAAGAUCAGUUAAUUAAGAGAAACUAUAAUCGAGAUGAUCAGUACAGUGCUGUUGAGGCGGGAGAGAAGAAAUGUGGAGACUUAACCUGUCUUACAGAUGAGAAGAAUGUUCUUGUUGUAGCUGUCAUGCAUAAUUGUGAUAAAAGGACAUUACAAAGUGACUUGCAGGAUUGUAAUAAUUAUAAUAGUCAAUCUCUCAUGGAUUCUUUUAGCUGUUCACUGGAUAAUGAAAAGAGACAAACUGAUCAAUUUAGUUUUAGUAUGAAUGGAUCCACUGAAAAAGAUAUGAACUCAGAGAAACAAAUGGAUCCAUUGAAAAGACCAAAAACAGAAGGGGAUUCUGUUAAUCAUCUAUGUACAACUUCAUCUGAUAGUUUAACCAGUAUGUGUUCCACUUCACAAUUAAAGGAUGAUGAAAAUAUAGGUAGAGACUCCUCAGUGUCUGUGAUUACAAAUGUAACAGUUGAUUCAGCGAUCUCAUCCCAGGGAACAGAUAGAGGUCCUACUGUUAAAAAGCAAGAGGACUAUGUACCCAGUGAGGAUUUCAUUGGCAAAAUCAGCUCUCCUCGGACAGAUGUAGGGAAUCCAAACUCCUUUUCCCACUUGAGUGAGGAGAUUUUGAUAAAAAAAGAGCCAGCAGAGGAGAGAACAACUGAAAAAUCACUCCAGUCUGGUUUACCUUUGUGUCUCAAACCAGACAUACCUGGAAAGGAUAACUCUGAACAAUUUUCAGAUUGCCUUGUGCCUAGUGAAGUUAGAGCUAAUGAAAAUGAACAUUAUGAACAUGAAGAAGUUAUCGGCACCACAGAACUUCUUAAUAUGACAGAACAUUUCUCUGACUCUCAGGACAUGAGUAAUUGGAAAUUGACUAAACUAAAUGAGAUGAGUGAUCGCCAAGUAAAUGAAGAAAAUGAAAAGUUUUUACAAAUUAAUCAGCCUGAUGACACUGAUGGUGAUAAUGUAGGAGAGUGUGUUGGAAUGGCAGAUGCAGGUCUAGAUUUAAAAGGAACUUGCAUGAGUGAAAGUGAAGGAUGUGAUUUCUCCACUGUUACAGAUUCACCAGCAGCAAAUUCUGUAUCUAAUGGUUGUGAUUCCUAUGGAAUGCAGAGCCCAGUUGUUUCUUUUGUUCCAAAGACUUUACCCUCCAAAGAAGAUUCAGUAACAGAAGAAAAAGAAAUCGAGGAGAGCAAGUCAGAAUGCUACUCAAGCAUUUAUGAACAGAGAGGAAAUGAGGCCACAGAAGGGAGUGGACUACUUUUAAACAGCACUGGUGACCUAAUGAAGAAAAAUUAUUUACAUAAUUUCUGUAGUCAAGUUCCAUCAGUCCUUGUGCAGUCUUCCCCCAAGAUAGUAGCAAAUCUGCAAUCCGUCAGUGUUCCUUUUGGUGGUGCAAGACCCAAGCAACCUUCUAAUCUUAAACUUCAAAUUCCAAAGCCAUUAUCAGACCAUUUAAAAAAUGACCUUCCCACAAACAACGGAAAUAGUAUUAAAAACAAAAAUGAUAUUCUUGGAAAAGCCAAACUAGGGGAAAACUCAGCAACCAACACCUCUUUGGGAAACAUCUCUAUUGCUGAUACAAAUGGGGAACAUUUAGAAAGUUAUGAGGCCUCCAGUAGACCGUGCCUUGCAGUAGCUCCAGAUAGCCCAGAUAAUGAUCUGAGAGCUGGUCAGUUUGGAAUUUCUGCCAGAAAGCCAUUUACCACUCUGGGUGAAGUAGCUCCAGUAUGGGUACCAGAUUCCCAGGCUCCAAAUUGCAUGAAAUGUGAAGCCCGGUUUACCUUCACCAAAAGAAGGCAUCAUUGCAGAGCAUGUGGGAAGGUUUUCUGUGCUUCCUGCUGUAGCCUGAAAUGUAAGCUGUUAUACAUGGAUCGAAAAGAAGCUAGAGUGUGUGUAAUCUGCCAUUCAGUGCUAAUGAAUGCUCAAGCCUGGGAGAACAUGAUGAGUGCCUCAAGCCAGAGCCCUAACCCUAACAAUCCUGCUGAAUACUGUUCUACUAUCCCUCCCUUGCAGCAAGCUCAGGCCUCAGGAGCCCUGAGCUCUCCACCUCCCACUGUGAUGGUACCUGUGGGAGUUUUAAAGCACCCUGGAGCAGAAGUGGCUCAGCCCAGAGAGCAGAGGAGAGUUUGGUUUGCUGAUGGUAUUUUGCCCAAUGGAGAAGUUGCUGAUGCAGCCAAAUUAACAAUGAAUGGAACUUCCUCUGCAGGAACUCUGGCUGUGUCACAUGACCCAGUCAAGCCAGUAACUACCAGUCCUCUACCAGCAGAGGUGGAUAUUUCUCUGUUCUCUGGGAAUAUAACUCAGGUUGGAAGUCCUGUUGGAAGUGCAAUGAAUCUUAUUCCUGAAGAUGGCCUUCCUCCCAUUCUGAUCUCCACUGGUGUAAAAGGAGACUAUGCUGUGGAAGAGAAACCAUCACAAAUAUCAGUAAUGCAGCAAUUAGAAGAUGGUGGCCCUGAUCCGCUUGUAUUUGUUUUAAAUGCAAAUUUGUUGUCAGUGGUUAAAAUUGUAAACUAUGUAAAUAGGAAGUGCUGGUGUUUCACAACCAAGGGGAUGCAUGCCGUGGGGCAGUCUGAGAUAGUCAUUCUUCUGCAGUGUCUACCAGAUGAGAAGUGUCUGCCGAAAGACAUCUUUAACCACUUCGUGCAGCUUUAUCGGGAUGCUCUGGCAGGGAAUGUUGUGGGCAACUUGGGACAUUCCUUCUUCAGUCAGAGUUUCCUUGGCAGUAAAGAACACGGUGGAUUCUUGUAUGUAACAUCUACCUACCAGUCACUGCAGGAUCUUGUACUCCCAACCCCACCUUAUUUGUUUGGGAUUCUCAUCCAGAAAUGGGAAACUCCUUGGGCUAAAGUGUUUCCCAUUCGACUAAUGUUGAGACUUGGAGCUGAAUAUCGACUUUAUCCCUGCCCGCUGUUCAGUGUGAGAUUUCGGAAGCCGUUGUUUGGAGAGACGGGGCAUACCAUCAUGAAUCUUCUUGCAGACUUCAGAAAUUACCAGUAUACCUUGCCAGUAGUUCAAGGUUUGGUGGUUGAUAUGGAAGUUCGGAAAACAAGCAUCAAAAUUCCUAGUAACAGAUACAAUGAGAUGAUGAAAGCCAUGAACAAGUCCAAUGAGCAUGUCCUUGCAGGAGGUGCCUGCUUCAAUGAAAAGGCAGACUCUCACCUGGUGUGUGUACAGAACGAUGAUGGAAACUAUCAGACCCAGGCUAUUAGUAUUCACAAUCAGCCCAGGAAAGUGACUGGUGCCAGUUUCUUUGUGUUUAGUGGCGCCCUGAAAUCCUCUUCAGGAUACCUUGCCAAGUCCAGUAUUGUGGAAGAUGGCGUCAUGGUGCAGAUCACCGCUGAGAACAUGGAUUCGUUGAGGCAGGCACUUCGAGAGAUGAAGGACUUCACCAUCACCUGUGGGAAGGCGGAUGCAGAGGACCCCCAGGAACACAUCCACAUCCAGUGGGUGGAUGAUGACAAGAACAUUAACAAGGGUAUCAUAAGUCCUAUAGAUGGGAAGUCCAUGGAGUCUAUAACAAACGUGAAGAUAUUCCAUGGCUCCGAGUAUAAAGCAAAUGGAAAAGUCAUCAGAUGGACAGAGGUGUUUUUCCUGGAAAACGAUGACCAGCAUAACUGCCUGAGUGACCCUGCAGACCACAGCAGGCUGACCGAGCAUGUUGCCAAGGCCUUUUGCCUUGCUCUCUGUCCCCACCUGAAGCUUCUAAAGGAAGAUGGAAUGACAAAACUGGGAUUGCGUGUGACACUUGACUCAGAUCAGGUUGGCUAUCAAGCGGGGAGCAAUGGCCAGCCCCUCCCCGCCCAGUACAUGAACGAUCUGGACAGCGCCUUGGUGCCGGUGAUCCACGGAGGGGCCUGCCAGCUCAGCGAGGGCCCCGUCGUCAUGGAGCUCAUCUUUUAUAUUCUGGAGAACAUCGCAUAGACAGAGAAGACUUCGUGUUUUUCUGUUCUGACCUGUUGCAACAGCAGUCAUACCCAAAUCAUUUGCACUUUAAAACUGGAAGAUUAAGCUUUUGUUAACACUAUUAAUGGGGGGAGGGUGGAAUAGGGCGGGAAUGGGGACCUGGGGAACGAGGGUGGGUAAGGGUGGUUGGGGGAACAGAUGUUCCAUACUUCUGUGUCUUCUAUGCAUCGUCCACCAAGAAGACCUGGACAGCUUCUGUUACUGCACAGUAGUUAUGCUAUCUUUGCAGCUAAUCCCCUUCUCUUACUGUCUAGACAAGAAUUCUGCUCCACUCUUUUCAGAUUAGUCAUGGUCAUGUGCUCAGAAAUGCUCAGAUGGGUACAACCUUCACCAAGGGUGGGGUGGGAGGGCGAAGGGAAAAUAAACCGUGAAACAUCAGUUUUGCACUCUCUGUACAGAAUCGGUGUAAAGAGGACAACUCCACACAGAUCUCGUCCCAGUUGUAUCACAGCUGUUUACCAAGUAGAAGUCACACUUAGAUUAUUUGUUUUUACAGAUUUCUCGUUGAAGUGAAUCAAAGACCAAAGGGAGCCGUGUAGUCACGAAGAGCUCCACGUGGUCGUGGAGGAGCUCAGUGUAAGCGAGGCACGUGGGCAGCAGAGCUGUGCAGGACCACGUGAGACCUGCCCAGGGGAGUGGCGGAUAUUAAACUGGGCCUUUCUGUGAAAGCUGACAAAAGAUACCCAAGACAUUUUUAGUUGCUAUAUACUAGAAGUAUUUUUUUACACAGUUUAUUGGGAAAGCGUUUUGACCUCCAAGAAAGCUGCAUGUACAAAAAACCCCACUCUGUACCCUUCACCCAGAUUCGCUUGAUUGUUCACAUACUAACAUUUUGCCCCAUAUGUUUCUCUGAAUCCCUACCAAAAAACUGAAGCAUUUAAGUUGCAUGCAUCACACUCCUUUACCUCUGAAUACGUUGAUGCUUAUUUCCUGUCUAUAUGGACAGCCUUACAUAACUGCAGAUCAGUUAAUCAACUUUAGCAAAGUUCACACUGAUACCGUAUUUUAACCUGGUAUCUGUCAUGUCUUGUGUAGCAUUCCCCCACCCGCAAGAAACCUUCUAGCCUAGGAGCAGACAUAGCCUGUAGCUGUUACGACUUGCUUUUACCUUUUGUCAUUGGUAUCUUCUGUGACUACAGGCCUCUCCAUCUUGUUUUGUAAUAGAAAAAUACCUCAUUUUGAGUUUGAUGUUUAGAGUCACUUUAUGUAUUCUUGACCAGAAUCAUUUGCUAUCCAUCUGCCUCUCAUUGAGGUGGUAAUUCUGACAACCUGAUCAAGGUGUUGACUAAUUUCUCUACUAUACCCCCGCAAAUAAUAACCAACAUAUGUGAAAGACAUUGUCAGACCAGGCAGAUAUCUUGUUCAUCAAAAUAUUCCCUUAGAUUUAGCAUACAGUUUCAUACCUGUUCUGAUAUUAUACAACACUUGGAAAAUAAUUUUCCAGUUCUAGAAUUCCAUCCACAUGUACCAGCUGAACUUAGUAAUCUGUACAUAGAAGCCCUUUCUUCGUCCCUAUUUUAUCCAUUCAUUUAAUUUUUAUUAUGGUCUUAUGAAUUUUUCUUCAGUGAUUCUAAUUUAUUAUUUUGGUGCUUAGGUCUUAGCUUUGACCAAAUGGAGCACCUUCAGGCUAGCUCCUACAUCCUUACGACAUAAUUAAUUUUUAACACUUUGUUUACUAGCUUAAAAAGAUGCUUCAGACGAAACUUACUCUUAUUUUCAUCUCCCUGAAAUCAGCCAUUUCUUCAAGGAGCUUUGGUUUCUUUUAAAGGGAAUGGGACCAGAAACCAAGGUCUGGCUUACCCAGGAUAUACUCUGAUAAUUUUCUCUUCAGAACUUGUUUUGAAACUAGGUGUGGUAAUGAAUGCUUGUCAUCCCAACUUGGGAAGCAGAGGCAAGACAACUGUUAAUUUCCAGGCCAGCUCAGGCAACUUAGUGAGGCUGUAUCUCAAAACCUAAGAAGGGCUGUGGAUGAAGCUCGGUGGUGGAGGUUGCCUAGGCUCUAUCCCUGGUUCCGCAAGGAAGAAAAUUUAUUCUGGACACACACCAAAUGGAUUCAACAGCCCAAAGUUUGAAGAACAGGGAGAGACUGCGCCCCACUGGCUGGAGCAGGGCCUAGCACUUGGCAGUAACUGGCUGUAGAGCUUGAGUUCAGGGCAGUAGCUGUUUCCCAGACAGAUACCCAAAGGCCCGGCCUGGAAAACUUUGCUGGGUUCAUCCCUAAUUGGGGUGAGGGUUGUAUUUACAGCUACUUCUCCAAAGGCGUUGGUAUUAGAAGCUACCAAGAACCGUAACUGGACCCUUCAUAUAGACUCAGAGAUACUAGGGCUUCUAAGCUUCCCCUGCACCCGUACAGCACUAAUACGGACUGAGCCCUAGGACCGUGUGUGCCCACAAGCCGGAGAACGGGGCCAGGUGUAUUUGGUGUUAAUACCAGCUUAGGUCUAAAUACACCUCAGAAGUUUGGCACUUCUACAGCGGCUGGUCCUGCUUUCCUGUAGUUUGUCUUCCACCUCUACUAAAUCCAUCUUCCCUGCUGUACAUUAUUUCUUCUGGAUCAGUGCAGGCUUUUUAAUUCUCCCACUAGUCAGGGUGAGAAGUCCUUUAUUUGUAGUAAAAUCACCUUAUGGGGUUGGGUAUAAAACCAAGACUACUUUGUUUUCUUCUAUGUUUAUCUUUGGCUUUAUACAAUGUGUACAGUAAGAAUUAUAUUAAGCAAAAUCCUGAGCAUCGUAUUUCUGAGAAGGCAAACUUUCCUAGAUUGUAAACAGUGAGCUACAGCAUCCUUAGCUGAAGAGAAACAGAAUUGUCAUUCUAGUAAUGUCUUACAUUUUUGAAAUUACUGAAUGCUUGCCAAGUACCAGGCACUGUUUCUCCAUCUGUCCUCAGCAGCACUUCCGAGCACCUACUGCAUUCCCGAGCGGGAGCGUAACUUCCCGUCUCCUGUCUUUUCCCAUGCACAAUGGGUCCUGCUGGUGGGCCCCAAAUGUCCAGUUCAGUUUACCUCUGUGAUCAUCUGGGAAACAGUUUAAACAUUUAACACAUUUCAGGCAUUUGUUUCUAGAACUGAUAGUGGUUCUACUUUAAUGCUAAAAUAGUAAUUUAAAUAGUGGUCAUGAGAUUUGUAGGGGUGGUUUACAUGGACGGAAGGACUAAGGGGCAGAGCAGGAAAAAUGAUGCCCAUCCUCAAGCCCGGGCAGCUGAGGCCGGAAAAGGGAAAGCUGCUUCGGUGAUGGAGCUGGACCGGGUGUAGACUCUCUGGGGUGCCAGUCCCGGCCUCACUGUUCUGACCUGAGAAGGGCUGACCUUACUUAAAGGGCAAGGCCUUUUAGGAGAUGCCUCAAAUACUGGGAAAACAAGCUCUCAAAAUUUGGAAGCAACCAUGCAACAGUGCUACAAAAAAGGAAAAAUAUUAAUGUCAUAAUGAAUGUGCCCCUUAAUUACAAGCAAGAUUUCUAAGAUCAAUUUCAUCCAUAUUCUAUUCACUAAUUCACAAGAAAGCGUGCCCUGUGUCAGAUCGAAGAAUUUAAAGUCUGAAAAUGAUCCAGGUAGUGCCUGGUUCCCAAGUGCACAUGAAUGAUACGUCUCCAAUGUCUGGUCACAGUAUUGGGAUGAAGCUUAGGACAGCAGGAGCCUGGGUAGCCCCUCCCACUCCCCAUGCAAGCCUUUGCGACAACAAAGGCCUUUUAAGAACCACAGUUUCCAAGUCCAGUGGAUGGCUUUGUCUUGCCUCGGUCAGCCCUGAGGUUUGGUUUUUCUAAAGAGCAAAGAGCAGUGAAGCCCACUGAAACUGAGUGUGUUACAAAGGAGAAUCUUUGGAGCCAUAAAAAGUGCCCUGUUGAAAUGGGGUAUUUCCAGCAGAGGCCUGAACUGGGCUUGUCAGAACCUUUGCAGAUAAACCCGCUGCCCUCAUUAGUAAGUGCUGGCUUGGACACAAACCGUGAGGGGAAAACUAGGCUGGGUUGCCUUGGCUCCUGAUGACCCUCUUGAUUCUAGAUCAUGGCUUGUUUGACAGAUAUGUGUGAUUUCAAAUAAAUGUUAAAUCUCAACUCUGGAAGUUCUGGUAGCUCACUCUGACAGGUAAGACCAACCAGUGGGCUCUUGGGAAAAGUCACUGGUCUGUAAUCCUGCUGUUGCCACUAAAAGCUCUGCUCUUUAGGGGUAGGGAAGCAUGGCCCAACCCUGUUACCCCCAAGGAAGAUAUAAAAGCUCAAGCCCUGAGCUGUGCUUAUGCAAUACUAUAGUGAUCAGUAAGCUGAAUGUAUCUGCUUCACUUACAGCCUUUUACAAAUAAUCUUGAAAAAUGUUUUUGUUAAAUCUAAUGCUUCAAAAGGGGUGUUUAUUUCUAAGAACUGUAGACUAUUAAGAGUUUUGAAUAUUAAACCUGUUACAAUUACAAGUCCCUUCAUCAUUUCUAUCCCUUUAGAAAAAGCCAAAGGAGAAUUUCUUGGAAAGAACUAAAGUAUGUCCUGAGCAACGAGCUGGCUCAAAAGAGGAAGCUACAGCAGCAGUGGACAACUGUUACCGCUACUCUGACUUUUAAACAGUGCCAGGGAGACUGCUGGCUUACAAUGUGUGUAGAAUGCAGAAUCCCUGCAAUGAAUCAGACCUAGUUUCUUAAAUAAAUAAAAGUUGGCUACAUAAAA